AUGAGUGUUUCCAAGCUUGUUGAGGGGGUUGAUAAUGCUUAUCUAACUCCCAAAGAUGCAUCAUCUACUGAAGAUAGCAGUCAAGGCCCAGUGCCUGAUAUUACAGACGAUAUGAUUCCAGCCCUUCCGCCAGGAUUGGCUUACUCACGUCUAAAAUCUACCGCUGAAAUACUCGAAGACUUAAACAAAUCACCACUCUUUAUGACAUCACUUGAAGAAAAUGAGGACAUUGAGGCCCUGCGUGCAUUGGCUUACGAAGGUACCCCUUACGAAGUCGCUUGCGGGUUUAAGGAGCACGGAAACGAAUGCUUUACGAGUAAGAAUUGGAAAGAUGCAAAGGAAUUUUACAAUAAAGCCAUAAAUAUCCUCAUUGAUAAAUUUCAAAAAGUGUUACGUGGGGAAAUGGAGACGCUAAAAUCUAAAGAAAAAAAGAGGGAGCUUCAGGUACUCGAAGCAUGCCUUAUAAAUCGUGCAGCAUGUCAUCUCGAGCUGCAAAAUUAUCGUACCUGCAUUUUGGACUGUGGGAGUGCAUUACAAAUUAAUUCAAAAAAUAUCAAGGCAUACUACCGCAGCUCAAAAGCAUUUCUAGCUCUGGAUAAAAUUACUGAGUCCAAAGAUGCGUGUAAACGGGGUCUAGAAGUUGCACCAGAAAAUAGUGCCCUUCACUCAGUUGCAGCGGCUAUAGAAAGUCGCUCUACCAUUGUUGCUGCUAAAAGGCAGCAAAAGCUCGAGCUUGCAAAAAGACAGAAUCUAGAAAUUGCUACCCUUAGUACCGCACUUAGAGCUCGAAACAUAACGCUCCGAAAAACUACUAAGCCUCCAGAAAUGGAAGAUGCACAAAUUGCUCUCGUUCCAGACCCUAUCGACCCCACUUCAUCCCUCUGUUUCCCAACCGUAUUACUCUAUCCAUUAAGACUCGAAUCAGAUUUUAUCAAGGCUUUUAAUGAGACACAAUCCAUAAGCGAACACCUUUCUUACAUUCUACCAUUACCAUGGGAUCAUUUGGGUGAAUACUUUAACACAGGGGUAGUCUGCUUCAUGGAAACUACCACUGCCGGUUUGAUCAAGGUUGGACUAAAGGUACCUAUUUUGAAGGCGCUAGCUACAGAAAACGUUGAAAUCGUGGACGAGCUUGUAAAAAUAUAUGUCUUGCCCAAAGCUAGUGCAACAGCUUGGACAGUGGAUUUUAAAAAGAAAAAGGCAUUGGAAAAGACCCCAUGA